AGAAAAACACACAGCACUUUCUGCAGGAGAGAUUUCCAGAGAUUCAGUUUGUUUAAUCUGUUUUGGAUUGAAAUCAUGACGGUCACUAGUAUAGGGUCUGUGAAGAAAGUGCUACCCAAGACAUACCAUCACAGGAAAAGGCUGCUAUCAGAGGUCAUGGUGGUCAUGUCCCGUUACAAGUACCUAGAACCAGUAAUGGACAGAUUUGUUUUCAACAAUGGCACCGCCAAGGAUCUGCUAAGCCUGGUGGGGACAGUAACAGUGUUGUACCAGGGGAGACUUUAUAACAUCCCCCUGUGCCUCUGGCUGGAUGAAAGCUUUCCCCGCACCGCUCCAAUCUGCUUUGUGAAACCCACAAAAGAGAUGAUGAUCGUUCCCAGCACUCACGUGAACAGCGACGGGCAGAUCAUGCUACCGUAUCUGGAAGAAUGGAGACAUAGUCAGUGUGACCUUCACAGCCUAAUUCAGGUGCUGAUGUCCAUCUUUGGUGAGGCACCUCCUCUGGUUAUGCGGCCAGUUUCAGAAGAAGAGCCUAUGAAACAUUUUCACGCCUGCUCAGUGGAAAACAACUGUUCCCAUAUGACAGUGUGGAGAGAGGAUGGAUUACCUUUCCAAGGCAAAAAUGAAACUAUCUGCUAAAUGUACAAACUGUAUUCAUAUUUUGUAUUUACCUGUAUAUAUUGAUAGAUGAAUAUGUUUAUAUAAAGGUGUUGUAUUAUAUUUUAAAUACACAAUAUAAUCGAA